AUGGCACAGACAACCGUCUUCCAGAACGGCAGGGUUUUCAGUCCAAGCAAAGCACCAAUCGAGAAUGAGUUUCUGAGAAGCUUUGUGGUCUCAGGAGAGACGAUUACGCAUGUCGGAUAUGAAAGUGACGAUGCCAUCCAGACAGCAAAGCGAGAAGGUGGCGAGGUAAUUGACCUGCAUAAUCGGGUGGUGGUGCCUGGGUUCAUCGACGGCCACACGCAUUUUCUUCUCUUUGGACUAGCUCGCCAGAAACUCGAUUUAACUGAUUGCAAAAGUUUUGAGGCCAUUGAAAACACGCUCGUCAACUACGCCAAAGCAAACCCGGAGCUGCCACGAAUUCUUUGCCGAGGUUGGCAUCAGCCUUCAACCAACGGAAAAGCCCUGGCGGGCAUGAUCGAUCACAUCGAUCCUCGUCCUAUCUUCAUCGAAGCUUUAGAUCUUCAUUCCACUUGGUGCAAUACGGCCGCUUUGAAUGAACUGGGGGUUGGUUCGACGACCGAUCCAGCGGGGGGCACAAUUCAUCGAGAUGAAAGUGGACGGCCUUCUGGUCUUUUAGAUGAAGCUGCGCAGACAGGAAUUGUCUGGCCGCAUCUGAUGAGUGUCUGCACUGUGGAAGACCGACUGGGGGCUUUAGAUGAUGCUUUAACGGCCUACCUUGAAGCGGGCUAUACAGGUUUAGUUGAUAUGGCCAUGGAUAAUCAUGCAUGGGAGGCCUUAAGGCUGCUGCGAGCGAAGCAGAGUGUUCCAAUCCAUGUGGCAGCUCACUGGUAUGUCCCAUUCACUGAGGACCAAACGGAGCUAUCCAAGCACAUAGACGAAGCCAUUGCAAAACACCGGGAAUUUCAUCCGUCCGCCUCACCAGACUUCUGCGUGAUCGGGAUCAAAAUGAUCUCCGAUGGCGUCGUGGACGGCUGUACAGCAGCCCUGAGCCAUGCAUACAGUCAAAAGCAGGGUGGCAUUGCUGUCAAUCCGAUCUGGUCGGUGGAGGCUAUGAACCUAGUGGUGAAAAGGGCUGCCGAUGCGGGUCUGCAAGUUGCAAUCCAUGCAGUUGGUGAUGUUGCUAUCACGCAAGCCAUCGAUAGCAUUGCCGCCGCCAAUAGCCCACAAGGACGACAUAGGAUUGAGCACCUCGAGCUGGCCUCGGUGGAGGAUGCAAAGCGACUUGGCCAGCUUGGAAUCACCGCAUCCAUCCAGCCUGUUCACUCCGAUCCAGCCCUCACCAAAGCGUACCCCCAGAUUUUGGAGCCUCAUUUAUGGGAGCGGGCAUUCCCAUAUCGAGAGUACGUCGAUGGGAAUGCCUGCGUUGCCAUUGGAACUGACUCGCCGACAGCAAGACAUCUGCCCUUGCCCAACUUUUACAAUGCCACUGUGCGGAGAUCAGCCCUCGAGCCAAAAUCCAACCAGAUGGUCAACCCUCACAACGGGCUUACUCUGCUCCAGGCGAUUAGUGCAGCGACUUCAGGAGCAGCUUAUUCGCGUUUUGCUGAGGGGUGGGUAGGAAGUAUUGCUCCAAAUCAUCGGGCGGAUUUUGUAGUGCUGGAGACUGAAUGGACCCCAGAGGCGUUGCUGAAAGCAACGAUUCAUCAGACCUGGGCCAAGUGA